AUCAGUACACUAUAUUAUCGCUCAUGUGUGCUUGGAGGGGAUGGUAUCCUUUAAAAACUCGAUCCUAACGGGGAAAUUAUGAAGUUUUCUAAUAAUUGAAAAAUGUCAAAUUUUCAAAAAUUAAAUCUGACUGGUUUUCUCUUUGGGAGUAUUGAUGAGAAAGGAGAAUUAGAGAACGAUGUUUUCGACGACGAUAGCAGAAAACACUUAGAUGGUUUAAAUGUACUCGGAUUUUCCUCCCCUUUAAGAGAGAUCACUCAAGAAGAAGAUGAUGAUGGUUACAAUACAGACUGGCAAACAAAACAGAAUGAAGGUGAAGUGAAAGCUGAAGACGAUGCUGAAGAUUAUUCAAAUAUUGAUGAGGCUGUAGAAGUAAGAGAAGAGAAGGAUAUAGUAGAAGUAGAUGAACAUAUUGAGAAUAAAGGCGAUAGUGAUUUGAUGCCCCCUCCCAAUUGGAGACCUCGAAAAGAGUCUCCAAUGAGACAAACUAGUCCUGAUAAAAAACCUCUAUCUGAUCUCUUGCCUGAUGAAUACAAGGACAUCGAUGUGCGACAACUCUUUCCAGAGUUUGAGGAUGGCAAAGUAUUGCGAUUUACACGUCUCUUCAAGCCGCAAUACAUGCCAAAAUUAUACAAAAACCCCAAUAAAGAUAAAAAAUCCAUUGGAGAAAAAGAGGAGACUGAAGAUCCUCUUUUCACUUGGGAAUGGAGUAGUGAUAGUUUAGUUGGAAAAAUUCCAAAACCCGAGGAACUUGCAGAAGAUGAUAUGGAACUUAUGUUAAAACCAAUAGAAAAGAAGUCUCUAUCAAACGAUAAAAAAUCUGCUCAAGAAAAAGAUAAUUCAGAUAUUGCACCUUGGCGAUAUGGUCCUUCGCAAUAUUGGUAUGAUCUAUUAGGAGUAGAUGAGAGCGGAAGAAAUUUCGAUUACGGCUUCAAGAAAAGAGAAUAUUCUAGCUUAGAAUCUGCAAACAAUAUAGAUGUAAAUUCAAGAAUCUUUCCUGACGAAGCUUAUCACAUGGUGACACAGACUCACUGGGAAGAUGAAGUUAUUUGGAAUCCGGAUGACGUGCGACAUAGGAUAUUGAGCCAACAAAAAAUGAAGGCACCACUAGCUGGUUGGAUACCAAAUAAUACUGCAAGAACCUACUCUCAGUUCGUAAGUCAGUUUGGAGCUUCCUCUCAGUCACAUAGGAAAGAAAAAUCUUAUGUAGCGGGAGUUUUACAGGCAUCCGAAACAAACGCUUUUGAUAAAACGACCCAAUCUAUCUUUCCUGUUGAAAAUCCGGGGUUAGUUUAUGGUAGAUGGGAGGAUGAUAUAAUUUGGGAUGUUGAAAAUAUGGAAAAUAUCCCUGAACCAGCAGUGCUAACAUUAGAUGCAAAUGACGAAAAUAUUAUAUUAAAAAUUCCUGACGACGAAGAUCCCAAUGAUCGAGCAAGGAAUACUCAAAAACAGAAAGAACAGAAAAAAGAAGUAAAAAAAUCAAAAUUAAUUUUAGGUAAAGCUGGUAUUAUCAAUGUUGAAGAAGAAGAGGAGGAAAAGCCUACGGAAGAGCAAACAGAUGACAACAAAGAUCCAUUUAACCUGUCAAAUGAUGAAUACUAUAACCCAAAAUUAGUGUCUGAAGCUUCAUUAAAAUCCAAUGUUGGAGCUAUUCUGCAACAUUCAACACCAGCUGUAGAAUUGCGACAGCCUUUCUUUCCCACUCAUAAUGGCGGAAUGAGACUAAGACAGUGGCAUCGUCCUCCACUGAAACGAUAUUCUCAUGGUGCUAUGACAGCAGAUGGUCCUCAUCAAGUGUUACCUUUAUUAAAAAAUAUCAGAAGGAAAGAAAAGCAACGAGAACUGGAAAGAUUAGCUUCCGGUGGUGGGGAAAUGUUUUUCAUGCGUACAGCAGAUGACCUAUCUGCACGAGAUGGAACUAUUGUUUUGGUGGAAUAUUGUGAAGAAUAUCCACCCCUCCUCAGUCAGGUUGGAAUGGCGAGCAAAAUUAAAAAUUAUUAUAAAAGGAAACCAGGAAAGGAUGUAAAGGAACCAGUCUUUAAAUUUGGUGAUAUAUCCUAUGUUCAUCAGUCACCAUUCUUGGGUCAAUUAGCUCCUGGCCAGUGUUUGCAAGCUGUAGAAAAUAACAUGUAUAGAAGCCCGAUCUAUGAGCACGAGGUCAAUGUCACCGACUUUUUAAUUAUUAGAAACCGUAAUAAUUAUUUUAUUAGAGAAAUCGAAACGAUAUUUACGAGUGGCCAAGCAUGCCCUCUUAUGGAGGUUCCUGGGCCUAAUUCUAAAAGAGCCAAUAAUUUUAUAAAAGAAUUCUUACAAGUUUUUAUUUAUCGAUUAUUUUGGAAAUCACCCGACAAUCCUCGUAGGAUUAAGAUGGAAGAAAUAAAGAAAAGUUUUCCUUCUCAUUCUGAAAGCAGUAUCAGGAAACGUUUGAAGCUGUGCGCUGAUUUCAAGCGAACUGGUACAGAUUCUAACUGGUGGGUUCUUAAACAAAACUUUCGACUGCCAAGUGAAGAAGAAAUGCGUGCUAUGGUCUCACCAGAGCAGUGUUGUGCUUAUUACAGUUUAUUAGCAGCAGAACAAAGAUUGACUGAUGCUGGUUAUGGAGAGAAAAGUUUGUUUGCACCGGAAGAAGAAAAUGAUGAUGAACAAUCGAAAAUUGAAGAUGAAGUUAGAACAGCCCCAUGGAACACUACAAGAGCAUAUAUCGCUGCUAUGAAGGGAAAGUGCUUGUUAGAUUUAAGCGGCGUUGCUGACCCCACAGGUUGUGGAGAAGGAUUCUCUUACAUAAAAAUGCCAAAUAAACCGACACAGCCUAAAACGGAUGAUCCCAACGUCCAAACAAAGAAAACUGUUACAGGAACUGAUGCUGAUCUUAGAAGGCUCUAUUUAAAAGAUGCUAAACAAAUUUUAAGAAAUCACGGAAUUCCUGAAAACGAGAUCAAACAACUUUCAAGAUGGGAUGUUAUUGAUCUUGUUCGUACUGUCUCAACUCAUCAGGUAAAAACUGGUCAAGAAGGGGAAGAAGUUUCCAAAUUUGCGAGAGGAAACAGAUUUUCAAUAGCCGAACAUCAAGAAAGAUAUAAAGAUGAAUGCCAGAGACUUUUUAAUUUGCAAAAUAAGUUAUUACAAUCGAAAGAUAUACUAUCAACAGACGAAGAGUCAGAGCCUGGUGAAGAAUCAGAAAUUGAGGAAAUGGGAAAAAAUAUUGAAAAUAUGCUGUCUAAUAAAAAGACAAGUGCUCAAAUAAGUCAUGAACGAGAAGAAGCAGAACGAAAGCAGUUAAAUAAAGCCAUUGAAUCUGGUCAUUUUGACGAUUCAUCACCGAAAAAGAAGAAAGAUGAUGAGGACGGCAAAAGAACGUUAAGAAUAACAAGAACGUUUAGAAAUGAAGAUGGUUCAAUAUUUACAAGAACUGAAAUCGUUAAAAAGCAAGCAGUUAUCGACGUUUAUGUACGAGUAAGACAAAAUAGUGAUGGCAAUCAAACACGAUCCUUUAAUCCUAAUGAUCCCCUACAAAUGGAUGACAAAAGAGAUAAAAAGAAAUUCAAUGAUAUAAGCAAAAGAUCUAAUAAGGGAUCAGACUUUGGGAUUUCAGGGGAUACUUCUCCAAGAAAACAUAACAAGAAAAGAAAGGAACAGAUGCUUAAGUUAAAAUGUGGAGCUUGUGGCGCUGUCGGGCACAUGAGAACUAACAAAGUAUGCCCUCUAUACAAAGGUGGUGGAACUGCAAGUGGAACAUCCUCAGCGACACCUACUAUAACUAAUACAUCUAGUACACCGAAAAUGUCUGGGAAACAACAUGAUGAUGUGGAAAGUAAGAGUCUUGUGGACGAAGACUUAAUAAAUGUUGAGGGCACAAAAUUAGUUAUAUCAAAACAACUUGUUAGAAGAGCCGAAGAAGUGAAGCAAAAGUCGCUAUUAAUGAAAUUUAAUAAUGCAAGUGGGCUUGAUAGGAAGAGAAAACGUGCAGGAACAGAUGUUCAUUGCGAUUAUUUGGACAAACGAAGUAAAGUUGUUUCGAAUCGUAGAAGAGCAGAUCCGGUUGUAAGCAUGACCACAAUAUUUGAGAAUAUUCUUAAUGAAAUGAGAGAUCUGCCAGAUACUCAACCUUUCUUGUUUGCGGUUAACGGUAAAACAGUUCCUGAUUAUUACCAAAUUGUUAAAAAUCCAAUGGAUUUACAAACCAUCAGAGAAAAUUUGAGGAAUAAAAAAUAUUUGUGUAGAGAAACAUUUAUUUUGGACGUUAAUCUCAUUGUAAAAAAUUCCCAAUUAUACAACGGUCCAAAAUCUAUGCUAACCGUUACAGCUCAGAGAAUGAUAGAUAAAUGUUUACAAAGAAUUGCAGAGAAAGAAGAUAAACUAAUGAAAUUGGAAAAAUGCAUUAAUCCAUUGUUGGAUGAUAAUGAUCAAAAUGCCUUCGAAUAUAUUCUUAAGGCAGUCAUUAAUGAGCGUUUGAUACCAAUAGAGGGAUCAUAUCCCUUUCAUUAUCCCGUUAAAAAGAAGUUUUUCAAAGACUACUACGAUGUUAUUAAACAACCUAUGGAUUUCAGCAAACUAUUGCAGAACGUCAAUCAACAUUGUUAUCAUAGUUCUGAAGAUUUCCUCAACGAUGUUCAGCUAAUUGUUGCCAACUGCAAAAAAUAUAAUGGACCCGAGUCUAAAAUAAGUGAAACCGCCCAACUAAUAUAUGAUACUGCUGUUAAAGCUUUACAAGAGCAAGAAGAAACCAUAAGUGGCCUAGAAGAAAAUAUAAGAAAACGACGAGAAGCUAUGCUCGAUUUUGUCGACACAGAUUCAGUUGUUACGGGAACUAGCAUUACUGGUACCGAAGAGCCUGGAGGUAUGUUUUUUUUUAAUUAAAGAUAAACUUAUUUCUAGUUUAAUUAAUGUUCUUUACAAAAUAUUUAUUUCGUUUCUUUAGAUUUUGAUGAAACUAAUUUAACGAUUCCUGAGUACGGUGGUGAAGGUAAUGAUAUGAUGAGUGGAGGACAACAAGUACAAUACGAAUCUUUCGUUGAUGUUGAAAAUGAAUAUCUUGACGAUAAGGAUGAUUACGAUGGAGAUAAUGAUGCUCUUGCUCAAGAUUUGCAAUUAAGUGACGAAGAUGACGGUGGAAAAACCCCUCAUCCUCAUCAAUUAUCAAAAGGAAGCCGUUUAAGCUCUGAUGAUUCCGACUCCGACGAUUGUCGAAAACCUCCCUUAAAUAUUGAUGAAAAUGCUCAGGAUGCCUCAGAAUCCUUUGAGACAGGAGAUCAAGCUGACAGUUUUGAUCCUACCGCCUUCUUUCAAUCAAUACCAGGUUCAACUAACGUACAGCACGAUUUGGCUGUUAGCGACUCCGACGACGAAAGAGAAGAGGAACGUAUUGUGGGAUUCCAACGUUUAUAAUUUAAAAAGAAAACCAAACACUUACGAAUUUAUUAUUAACAUUUCAUUUCUUUACAAGAAAUACUCUCUACAAGAAGUAUAGAAAUAAAGAAAUAACACUUUUGUUUAAUGCAACUCUUUUUGAAUAACUGAAUUAUGUCAGUACAAUAACGAUAAAUAUCCUUCUCUAUUUUUAGUUAUAAGAUGUUUUUGAAGAUGCAUGUUUUAUACAAAUUUUUCUGCACUCUAGCCUUUAACCAAAUAAAUAUCAUUCAUUGAAUAAUUAUAUU